UGUCUGCGUACAGAAUGCGCACGCCGGUGCCUGAACCCAUGUGAUCGCUUUUACCGCCUUUUUAUUUAAGCUACCUCUGUCUUUUUUCAGUGUCAUAAAUAUCAACCAAUGCACUAGAAAUGGUGGCCACGAAAGUUCCUCACAAGCCAAGGCAAGGUGCUGCUCCAACCGUUGAUCAGAUAUUUUCUGAUCGAAUUACUCAGGUUGCAUACAAGUACUGGAGUCCACAAACAAAGGGAAAUCAUUCUCCAUUCAAUGCAGACAUCAUUGAGGAAGUCUAUCAGAAUGAGAUAAUUGGCAGCAGCUUUUCUCGAAGGCGAAUCAUGAUGCUUGAAUUCAGUCAGUAUCUAGAAAACUACCUUUGGCCCAACUUCACUGCUGAACGUUCUUCGAAGGCAUAUCUAGUCUCCAUUGCAGUAAUGGUGAAUGAGAAGUUCCGGGAGCGGGUACCAGCAUGGAAGGCCUUUGAGCAGUCAACUGGAUCAGGAGAGUUUGGUGUUUAUUUUGGGAGAUUACUCAGGGCUCUUUAUCCUGAGUCAGAGGAGAAGGAUGAAGGAAAUGCUGGCCUACCUCUGACACUACGUGAGGAAACUGAAUUACUUUCCUUCCUCACAAAUUGUGCUGGAAGUUUGGAAGAGGAGAUGGUACGAACACAGAUCCAGCGCCUUGUCUCCCUCCCAUGCUGGAUUUCAGUCUCUGAGAGGAGGAGAGAAGCAGAAAUGAAGGCUAUUCCUCGCUGGAGGAAGUAUUGGAGAGUGAUUCAGAAGAAAGACAGCAAAGAAAGUGAAGAGACACGAAAGAACCUCCACUUUGAAAGGACAUUCCUCCGGAAUAUGAUCAGAACAUUCCUUCUACGGUUGGAGCAUAUACCGCUAGAAGGGGAUAUAGAGAAUGGCCUGGUGUCUUACCUGACCAGGUUUCUGGAUCUCCUCAUUGUGUUGGAGUGGCAGCUCCCCACUCGACGUUUCUUCACUCUUGUCUUGGAUGAUAGUCAUCUACUGGUCAAGUGCAAGAGAUCUGCCUUUCUCAAAAGACAGGAAGGGAAACUCUUUACACAAUUGCUGGAGAUGCUGAGUUUUUAUAUGCGUUUUGAAAUCAAUGAGGAAACAGGGGAUCCUCUUGAUGAGCAAGAUGUCAUGAAGAAUCAUUAUGAUCAAAUCACUUCUCUCCAGAGGGCUGCUUUCCUGAAAUUCCCUGAACUAAGAAAAUUCAGCUUAUCUAAUGUGGCAAGUGUAGACACACGAGUGGCUCUAGAGAAGCAUUUCAAAGAUCUACCGAAGGAGAAGUUACAUGAAAUAGCAGCAUUUCUGAAUCUGGUUCCUCCACUUGAAGAAUCCCAGGAAGAAUUUGACAAAGAUUUUCUUCUUCAGCUUUUGAUCUUCUGCCAUGAAAAGCGACCAUCUCAAGUUGAAGAGUUAAACAGUCUCCCUUUGUACCCAACGGAGGAAGUGAUAUGGGAUGAGCAUCUUGUUCCACCAGAGGGGAUCAUUGAUGCCUAUGCAUCAGGACAUUCAGGUCUUGCCUUGCCUCGAUUGGGACUUCAGUUUCUCACCUUCAAAGAUUAUCUCCUCCGGAAUUUCACUUUGUUCCGCCUAGAAUCCACUUAUGAGAUUCGUCAAGAUGUUGAAGAUGUCCUCUUCAGGUUGAAGCCAUGGAAGAGCGAGACAGGCAAAGUAGUGUUUGGAGGCUGGGCUCGGAUGGGCAAUCCCAUUGACAACUUCUCCAUUGUGGAAGUUGGACGACCCCUCUUGGGAGAGAAGGUCCCUUCUCGUGUACGUGCAGAUGUCACAUUGCAGCUCAGCACCAGGCCCUAUAUCAAAUCUGAAUGGGAGUCCCUGCGAAAACAUGAUGUCUGCUUUCUUCUCACUGUCAGACCGAGUGCACCCAUAGGUACAAAGUACACAUGGGAUCAGACUGCAUCCCAGCAGACGGGCCUAACUUAUGUGAGAGGAUGUGAAAUUGAGGGAAUGCUAGACUCUCAUGGUCGAGUGAUAGAAGAGGGGCCGAAUCCAAAGCCAGAGCUGCAGGGGGACAGUCGCACAUUGCGAGUAUGGCUGGAUGCCAAUCAAUACCAUUCUGACAUGGAACGAGCUGCUAGUGGAAAUGAGGAUGUGUAUGAGACCUUCAAUAUCCUCAUGAGACGAAAGCCAAAAGAGAACAACUUCAAGGCUGUCCUGGAGACAAUUAGAGAUCUGAUCAAUGGGGAAUGCAUUGUUCCAGAUUGGCUUCAUGACAUUAUCCUAGGAUAUGGAGACCCUGCUGCUGCACAGUUCUGCAAUAUGCCAAACGAAAUGGCAAAGCUGGAUUUCAAGGAUACCUUCCUGAACAUGGAACACCUACGGGGAAGCUUCCCAUCUCAUGAGGUUCAAUCCAAGUGCAAUGAUCCUGAGAAGCUUGUUCCUCCCUUAAUGUUAACAUUCUUGGAGGUAGAGGAGAAGAGGAAAGUUGGAGAGUCAAUAAAGGGGAACUCAGAUGGGGAAAAGAAGGUGAUCAUUGUUGAGCCAUAUGUGAUUCCCAGUCGAGGGCCCUAUCCUUAUGUGCAACCCAAGAAGAACUCUGUACCAUUCACACCAACACAAGUCCAAGCCAUAAGGGCAGGGAUGCAGCCUGGUCUCACUCUUGUUGUGGGACCCCCUGGAUCAGGGAAGACAGAUGUUGCUGUGCAGAUCAUUUCCAACAUAUAUCAUAACUUCCCCGAUCAGAGGAUACUUAUAGUUACUCAUUCCAACCAGGCCUUGAAUCAACUAUUUGAGAAGAUUAUGGCUCUUGACAUUGAUGAAAGGCACUUGCUUCGGCUUGGGCAUGGAGAAGAAGCUCUAGAAACAGAGAAAGACUUCAGUCGUUAUGGAAGAGUGAACUAUGUCUUGGCAAAACGUCUUGAUCUCCUUCAAGAGGUGCAGCGACUGCAAGAAAGCUUGGAGGUACCAGGAGAUGUUGCCUACACUUGUGAGACAGCUGGGUAUUUUUAUAUCAAUCAUGUCCUAUCUCGAUGGGAGAAGUUUCUGACUUCUGUUCAGCCAGUUGGGGGGAAAGCUGUUCCAGUGGAAGCUGUCAAGCAGCUCUUUCCAUUUGAGAAGUUUUUUGAAAAUGCCCCUCAGCCACUAUUUCAGGGCACCAACUAUGAUGAGGACAUGGAGAGGGCCAGAGGAUGCUUUCAAUAUAUCAGGCGAAUUUUCACCCAACUGGAAGAAUUUCGGGCAUUUGAACUCCUUCGCUCUGGAUUGGAUCGUUCACGCUACCUCUUGGUUAAGGAGGCAAAGAUCAUUGCCAUGACCUGCACCCAUGCUGCACUGAAGCGACGAGAGCUGCUCCAAUUUGACUUCCAGUAUGACAGUCUGGUGAUGGAGGAAGCAGCUCAGAUCUUGGAGAUUGAGACCUUCAUCCCACUGCUUCUCCAGGCUCCCAAAGAUGGGUUCAGUCGUCUGAAGCGAUGGAUCAUGAUUGGAGAUCAUCACCAGCUUCCCCCUGUUGUGCAAAAUCCUGCAUUCCAGAAACUCUGCAACAUGGAACAGAGUCUGUUUGCUCGACUUGUACACCUUGGGGUCCCUACUGUGGACUUGGAUGCUCAAGGCAGAGCUCGAUCCUCGUAUGCUACUUUUCCUUCCUGUCUGGAAGCAAUUGCCUGCUCAAAUUGUCAUGAUUCUGAAUUCGUUUUCAGUCUCUGUGAGCUGUACAAGUGGAGGUACAAGAAGCUGGAUGAUUUGCCUCAUGUUGCCAAUUCACCAGAAUUUCAGGUUGCCAAUCCUGGAUUCUGUUUUGAUUGCCAAGUUAUUGAUGUUGGUGACUUUCAAGGUGUUGGGGAGUCAACUCCCAGCCCAUACUUCUAUCAGAAUUUAGCAGAGGCAGAGUAUGUGGUGGGCGUAUUCAUGUACAUGCGACUCCUUGGCUACCCAGCUGAGAAGAUCUCCAUCCUUACCACAUAUAAUGGGCAGAAGCACCUGCUCAGAGAUGUUGUCACUGCCCGAUGUGCCAAUAAUCCUGUGUUUGGGAGACCUCACAAGAUUGCCACAGUGGAUAAAUACCAGGGUCAGCAGAAUGACUUCAUUCUGCUCUCAUUAGUAAGGACAAGAACUGUGGGACAUUUGAGGGAUGUGAGACGUCUGAUUGUGGCCCUUUCCCGUGCUAGAUUAGGUCUUUACAUCUUUGCUCGAGUGGAACUCUUCAGCAAUUGCUUUGAACUUAUGCCUGCCUUCAACAUUCUAUUGAAGCAUCCAACUACAUUGCAUUUAGCACCAUGGGAGACAUAUCCAAGUCAGAGGCCAGGAAAUACCCCUCCAGCUGGGGAGCCUGUUAUCAUUGAAGAAAUGCCUCAGAUGCUUGGGUUUGUGGUACACAUGUAUGAACAGCAGAUGAAAGCCUUUGAGGCCAUGGCCCCCAUACAGGAGAAGACAGAGAUGAAGGAAUUUGAGACUCCUGAUAAAGUGAUGAGAAGUCACCCAGGAGCUGAGUCAGAUUCAGAAGGAGAGGAAGAAGCAGAAGACAAGCCUGGAAAGAGGAAAAGGGAAGAGUCCUUUAUCCAAGACUCUCCAAUGGAAGAAGGAGAGGAAAAGGAAGAAGAACUGAAGAAAGCAAAAGCAGGAUCUCCUCCUCCUACUCCAUUGUAGCCCACUUGUCAACAUUUCUCUUCUUUGGGUAUUUGUCAUCCUCAUCCAUGGACUAACCUUGUCCCAUCGAAUAUGACCAUUGGCAGUUGUGGGAUACAGGCACAACAUCACAUCAGUGAGGAUUGUGAUCUCCAUGUGAUGACAGUACAAGGAUUUGUUUUUUGAAUGAAGGUC